AGAGUGGAAACACCCAGUCUCAGCUCCUAAACGAAGCUUACCCGGGGGGAUUCAGGUAAACUGACACUGGUUCAGUUCAUCAGGUGAUACUGUGAGAGGAGGAGGAGAGGUGGGGUCACUGUCUGCAGGUAUGAAGGCUGCCACUGACAUCAUCUGAUCCCAGCACUGAGCGAAGCCCCAUGGAGUGAGGUUCAUUCAUGCAAAUGGAGCAUCUCCAGGUGUGGGGAUUCUUCGGCCUCAUCGUUCUCACCGCCGCCCAGAACACCACACACAGCCCCGACCCUCAGCCCUCCUACCUGCUGCUGGCUCCCAGAGCUCUCCGUCCGGGAGUCCCAACAUCAGUGUCAGUCACCAUCUUGACCACCUCACCGAUCACUGUAUCUGCUCACAUUGUUCAUGGCAACCAGAACGUGGCCUCACACUCUGCUACAGUUGAAGGAGGUUCAACCAAGCUGCUGACUUUCCCACCUAUCCACGAGAGCAAGUCCAGCUACUGGCACCCUUACAGCCUGGAGGUCAAAGGUCACAUGGGCGGCGUCCAGGUUUUCUCCAACUCAACACAGCUGCACUUCAACCCUAAAGGCCUCUCCACCUUCAUUCAGACAGACAAACUGAACUAUCUGCCUGGGCAGGUGGUGAAGAUCAGAGCAGUGUCCAUUCACCCCGACGGGAAACCCUACAUGAGCCCGGUGGACAUUAUCAUCAGAGAUCCGAGGGGAAACCUGCUCAGACAGUGGCUGGCUGUAGACAGCGUCCUCGGGGUUGCGUCCAAAGAGUUUCAGCUGUCUGAAAACCCACCUCUGGGUGAAUGGACCAUCGUCACUACAGUCAGUCGCUUUUCAAGUGAGAAGCAUUUCAACGUGGCUCAUUACGUGUUGCCAAAGUUUGAAGUUGUGAUAGAAGCUCCGGAUGUCAUUUAUCACAAGGACACUCUGUGGGGCUCUGUCACAGCAAAGUACAUGUACGGCAAACCUGUUCAGGGACACAUGAAUGUAACGUUCCUCCAUCAUUUUCAUGGUAUUGAAGAGGCUUAUGAUGAAGAUAGAGAGAUUGACGGCACCGCAGACUUCAUGUUUGAGGUUCCCGACUACUACCCGAUGAGCAAAAGAGCUCUAGAAAUGGUCUUCUAUGACGGAUACAUGGAUGAUGAGUUUCUAAUGAUCGUGGUUCAUGUGACUGAAUACCUCACAGGUCUAACAUAUAACAGUACAGCAAAGGUGUCUUUGGCAAAGCACAGAUAUAAAGUUUCCUUUGAUGGCUAUCCCCAAAUAUUAAGGCCGUCUCUGAACUUCACUGCCAAGCUGAAAAUAUCUACAUACAAUGAUCAGCCGCUGUCGCUGGAGGAUCAGCUAAAGACCGUUCAAGUGUCAGUCAUGCAGCAAAAGCAAAGCCCGUGGAGAUGGAAAAUGGACGAGCUGGAAGAAAUGGUGCCUCGUCGAUUAAACACGUACGGUCCUUCAGGAAUUGUGCGUCCAGAGGAGAUCCCUCCUGAAGAAAUGGAGUUUCCUGUCCCUGCAGACGGAGUCAUACCCCUCUUCAUCCAGCUCAUGAAUGAAACUGAAACACUCACAAUUGAUGCUUCUUUUGAGGAUAGCCACAACACUCUACAACUCUAUAGAAGCUACAUAUCCCCCAGUCACUCCUACCUGCAGAUUCAGAAACCCCCCAGACCUCCAAAGGUUGGUUCACCCCUCCUGCUGCACAUUGAGAGGAAUUUUCCAAUGACUGAGAUUCACUACAUGGUGACGUCCAGAGGUCAGGUGGUUUCUGCUGGGAAAAGCUCUGGUGAUCUAAUUCUGGUCCCAGAAAUCACCUGGGCUCCUCUGGCCUGCAUCAUCGCCUACUGCGUGCAUCCCAACGGAGAGAUCGUCAACGACGUGAUACAGCUACCCAUCACCAAAAUUUUACAAAACCAGGUGUCACUGAGCUGGAGCAACACUAUGAGGAAGCCCGCUGACAAGGUCACACUGAAGGUCGCAGCAGCAGAGCCUGGUUCUCUGGUCGGGAUCCUGGUGGUCGACAAGGCGACAAAGUGGGCGGGAUCACACAAUGACAUCACCAAGGAGACGGUGCUGAAGGAGAUGGGGGAGUACGGCGUUUCCAUGGCUGAUGCCUACUCUGACAUGCUGAGAAUGGGAGAUCCAUACUCUAUCUUCAAGACAUGUGAUCUUGUUGCGUUGACUGAUGCCAGAUUACACAUGAUGGAACAUCCACUGAAGCCUGUAUUUCCAGGGGAGGGAAUGCAUCCCCUCUCCCAGACAAACAGCCCGCAUAUGGAGCAACAACAGGAGCCACGAGAGCGCUGGAACUUUCCAGAGACCUGGAUAUGGAUGGAUACCAACACAGGUAAUUCAGACACCACAGAGAUAACUCUGACCGUACCAGACAGCAUCACAACCUGGACAGCCACUGCUUUCGUCGUAUCGAAGAACCUGGGCUUGGGCAUCGUAGAGAGGCCCGCAGAGCUCACAGUGUUCCAGGAGUUCUUCCUUUCCUUGAACAUGCCGGCCUACAUUAUCCGAGGAGAGGAGCUGCUGCUGGAGGUCAUUCUGUUCAACUACCUCCUACAGGACCUGGAGGUCAUGGUGACUGUUGCAGAGAGUGAGACCUUCGAGUUUGUCUUCCCGGACAAUGAGGAGCUCUCCAUGCCCAGUGUUCGUCAGGUGUCUGUGGGGAGUCAAAGCGGAGCGUCCGUCCUCAUUCCCAUCAGCCCGCUGGUCCUCGGAGAGAUCCCCAUCUCUGUGAAAGCCAUGUCGUCCGUGGCAUCCGACUUCGUCCGCACGACGGUGCUCGUCAAGGCCGAAGGACUGGAGCAGUCAUUCUCUGCCUCGGUGCUGUUUGAGGUUUCUCCCUUGCAGUCGAGCCUUUCCAGAGACAUCACGUUCACCUUCCCGGCAGAUGUUGUGGAGGGCAGCGAGAGAGUUUCAGUGACGGCUGUCGGUGACAUCCUCGGUCCGUCCAUCAGCGGCCUGGACUCCCUGAUCCAGAUGCCUCAUGGUUGCGGGGAACAGAACAUGAUCAACUUUGCCCCAAACAUCUACGUUGUCCAGUAUUUGAGCGCUACGGGACAGGCUGACCCGGACACAACAGACCGAGCCACAGCCUACAUGAUGAAAGGUUAUGAGCAAGAGCUGUCCUAUCAGAGAGUAGACGGCUCCUUCAGUGCCUUCGGAGACCAGGACUCAUCUGGAAGCACCUGGCUCUCUGCUUUCGUGUUGAGGUGUUUCCUGCAGGCGCGGCCGUUCAUCAGCAUCGGCCACGUGCUGCAGGGAGUGGCGGCCUGGUUAGGAGCCCAGCAGGGGGCUGAUGGGAGAUUCGAGGAGCCCGGCCGGGUCAUCCACACCGAGCUCCAGGGAGGCCUGGACGGCCCCGUCUCCCUCACAGCCUACGUCCUGAUCGCGCUGCUGGAAGACAAUGACAUCAGGGCUCAGUAUGGGAACCAGGUGUCUGCAGCCCUGAUGUUCCUGGAGACCCGUCUGGCUCUCGGUGUCGCCAGUAACUACAGCCUCGGCCUGCUCACCUACGCCCUGGCUCUGGCUGGCAGCUCCAGCGCUAACAUGGCACUCAGCAAGCUGACUGGACGAGCUGAGAUGAGAGAUGGUGUGCCGAUGUGGUCUUCCCCAGACGGCGGCCUGUCGCUGUCGUGGCAGCCUCGCUCUGCAGACAUUGAGAUGGCGUCCUACUUGCUGCUCUCUCAACACAAACUGGGUCACAUCGCAGAGGGUCUCAGCCUCAUGAAGUGGCUCAGCCAACAGCGAAACCACAACGGAGGAUUCGGAAGCACACAGGAUACGGUCGUGGCUCUGCAGGCCUUGUCCAAGUUCGCAGCUCUUGGCGAUUCUCACGACUUCGACCUCACCGUCAGAGUGAACACUGACGCUUCGACCACCGUCGCCUCCUUCUACAUCCACCAGGACAACUACCUGCUUCACCAGAGCCAGCAGAUUGAACCAGAGGAGGAGCUGAACCUCCAGGUGACUGCAGAAGGUCGCGGACUCGCCCUGUUUCAGCUGAACGUGUUUUACAACAUCAGGAAUGAGGAGCUGAUGAGGAGGAGGCGGGACGCCGGCGAGCACGAGGCCUUUCAUCUGUACAUCGAGCUGUUUGACACAGAAAUAAACUCAGCACAUCUGUACAUCUGCAGCAGUCUGUCGGAGGGUCUGGGUCUGAAUGCGACGGGCAUGGCCAUCAUGGAGGUGGGUCUGCUGAGCGGCUUCAGCCUGCCAUUGGACAGCAUCCAGAACGACGAGGUCAUAAAGAAAGUGGAGACGCAGCUGGGGAAAGUCAUCCUGUACCUGGACUCUGUGACGACAGAGGAGAUGUGUCUACUGAUUCCUCUGGUCAUGGAGUAUAAGGUCGCCAAAGUCCAGGAAGCAGCUGUUCUCAUCUAUGACUAUUAUGAACCAAGACGGAGGACUGUGAGGAUGUAUAAAUCAGAGUGGAGGAGCAACUUGUCCACCUGCUCCUUCUGUGGUGAAGACUGCAGUCAGUGCAGCGCAAACUACCAUUAUGGCAUCAGUGCUGCGUCACGCCGCAGCCAAAACUUCCUGCUGACCAGUUUGCCACCUGCUCUGCUCCUUCUCCUCAUCAUCAUCUUCGGCGUAUAAAUAAGGUCCAACUAAUGCUAGUUCAGCUUUGUAGAUGUAUAAAUCUCUCAAGUUCACUUUUGUGGACGGAUGUAUUGUGUGUCUGAUUUUUUUAAAUGCAUUGAUUAUAGUCACCAUUAAAACAUCAUUUUAAUGGUGUUUUACGUCUUUUAACUGUUUAUAUUCUGGCUGUUACAGUAUGAUGGUAGUAUAGCUUGAUGGUCAAAAAACUAAAUUUAGUUUAGUGCCUCAGAAUAAAUGACAGAUUCAGGAGAGAAACUGCUAUAAUGCUAAAUAAUGCUAAAGUGAACGUAAUGAAGUUUUGAAUUACCAACUAUGAGCAGAUUGGUUUUCUCAGCUAGCUGAGAGCUGGAAAAGGAAAUAUAAGCUUAUAACUCCAAUAAGUGAUAUUUUUCAUUACAUUUAAAUAACUGGAGUGGUGUCAAAUGGUAUCUCGUAGUACUAAACCCACUGAGAAU